GGCUCACUACCCGGGUACCACCACAAUAACAGAGGCCCUGAAGACACAGAAGAAGCUGUGGUCGUCAGAGGACUACAGCACCUUUAACAAUGAGGUGGGAGGAGGUUGUUGGGCUCGUAUCCUCAACCAGAACUAUGUCAAUGGACAAAUGACUGCCACCAUCUCCUGGAAUCUGGUGGCCAGUUAUUAUGAGGAUCUCCCAUUCGGCAGGGACGGGCUCAUGACAGCUGAGGAGCCCUGGAGUGGCAACUAUGUGGUCGAGUCUCCAAUUUGGAUCACGGCCCACACCACACAGUUCACCCAGCCAGGAUGGACCUACCUGCAGACUGUUGGACAUCUGGCACAAGGUGGAAGCUAUAUUGCCUUGACUGAUGGGAAGGGAAAUCUCACUGUUGUCAUAGAAACAAUGACUCACAAUCAUUCAGUGUGCAUAAGACCUCCACUACCUCCCUUUAAUGUAACAUCCCAAAAUGCAACUUUCUGGCUAAAGGGGUCUAUUGCAUCCAUUAAAGAGCUCCAAGUGUGGCGGUCACAGUUUGACUUUAAGACGAACAAGCCCUCCUUUUUUGAGAAACUAAAACCCCUGAAGCUUGUAGAUGGCUCGUUUACCCUGAAUCUGGCUGAAGACGAGGUUUACACACUGACCACUGUUAGCACAGGAAGCAAAGGCAGCUAUCCCGACCCACCUCCCUCAGCUCGCUUUCCUAAAGUGUACAAGGAUGACUUUGAUGUUCGAAGCCCACCUUUUUCAGAAGCUCCAUACUUUGCUGAUCAGACAGGAGUGUUUGAGUACUACAUUAACCUGACUGAUCCUGGACCUCACGUUUUCACCUUAAGACAGGUUCUAACAGAAAGGCCCAUCACAUGGGCAACGGAUGCUGAUCAGACCAUUAGUGUCAUCGGAGACUAUUACUGGCAGAGCCUGACAGUGACAUGUGACGUCUUCAUGGAGAAGAUGAAUGCUGGUGGUGUGUUCAUAGCAGCCAGAGUGGAUAAAGGGGGACAGUCAAUCCGCAGUGCUAAAGGAGUCUUCUUCUGGGUGUUUGCUGAUGGCACCUACAAAGUUACCAAUGAUCUUGUUGGCGAGACUGUACUUGCAGAGGGACAGUCUGGUACUGAGGUACAUAGCUGGUACACCUUGUCACUCACUGUAAAAGGACAGUAUGCAUCAGGGUCACUGAAUGGAUACCCUCUGUGGAAGAAUGCUGUGAUACUGACCCCAAAGGCUGGCUGGGCUGCCAUAGGAACACGCUCAUUUGAACUGGCCCAGUUUGAUAACUUUGCUUUGGUGGCUGAGUGAUGAAUUAACUUUAAAUCAUGAUUUACACUAUGCUGAAUGUCCUGAUUCAUUUAUGGACUUGAUUAGUACUUUACAGCCGAUAGCUUCAAGCAUAAUAAUGAUGUUGUGUGUAAAAUUUUGGGCGAUGUAUUAACAGAAAUGGGUUAUAGUAUUUAAUUACCAUGUAAUUAUGAAUCACUGUGUUUUUUGUUGGAAUGAUCCUGUCAUAUCAAACCUCAGUCCUGAACAGAAAUUAAUGUCUUUCUACAGCUCACAGCCAACAAAACACUGGUUUAAGACCUUUCUUUGAAGAGAUGCCAAGACUUCAAGAUAAGGCUGGAAUUGUUUUGGGGCAUAACUUGUAGUGAAUCGUGUGUUUGUAGCACAUCAGAAUCCAUCACACUUGUACAGGAUGUGCCUUAUAGCCUGGUGUUAGAAUCAAAUGACCAUAUUAGUAUUUGGUGUUAGCCGUGUAGUUGGCUUGUCACUACCAUAGGAGCAUCCCUCAGUUCCCUCAAUGGGCUCCACCCCUCAUUUGUUGCAUCUGUUUUCAAAACAGCUAAGUUUCAACACACCACGCUUCUCGGAAAUAAUACUUAAUGUCUUGGUGGUUGCCUCCAUCUCCAUCUUUUUAUAUACAGUGUAUGUGGAGGAAAAAAAUAUAUCAUAUGGCACUGAAUCCUGGAACUUUGUUUGGUGUGAAAUGUGUGUGUUUAGUUAGUUUGUUUGUUUGCUUGUUUUAAUCAAUUUUAAAUCAUGCUUUUUAUUUGUUUUUGUUUCUAAUGUCUCUGUAAAGCACUUUGAAUCACCUUGUUGUUGAAUUGUGCUAUACAAAUAAAUUUGUCUUGCCUUGCCUUGCCAUGUGAUUGUAAAUGAUUUUAUAGUUUGACUUUAUAUUGUCUUAACUGCUUUGAAUAAAUCAAAUAGAAAGCCAA